AUGCAAGCUGAAGACAAAUAUGUCUUUCCACGAGAUUAUCUCGACAACGAUCGUAUCAAUCUUCAACACUACCUCUGGGUCCGUCUGUUUGGAUACCUUCUUCACCCAAGUAUUCCAACGGAGAACCCAUGCCUCAAAGUUGCCGAUAUUGGGACAGGCACUGGCAUUUGGCUAUCAGACUUGACUGAUAAAUUGCCACCUUCCGUUGAGCUCCACGGUCUGGAUAUUUCGUUCGCGGCCACCGCACCACCAGAGUGGUUGCCCUCUAAUAUAAAACUUCGACAGUGGGAUGUUCUUUCCGAUCCACCCCAAGACCUUCUUGAGGCUUUUGAUGUGGUCCACAUUCGGCUCUUUUCCCUCGUACUUUCCAACAACGAUGUCAACUCGGUUCUUGGAAGACUGCAGGGGCUCCUGAAACCAGGAGGAUACUUGCAAUGGGCAGAACCUGAUAUGUCAACGUGGCGCACCGAGAAAACCAGCUCCCAUAACAAGGCCGAUGCACUGGAACAAAUCCUGAAACUGAGUCAGGGAGACGAUGCGAGACUGCGUCCCACGUGGGUCCCAAAUCUUCCCACGCUCUUUCGCAACCAGGGUUUGGAAGACAUUGAAGUUGAUGUGAAAGAAGUCCCACCACACCUUCUGGUUCCGAUGCACGAAUGUAGCCUCUUGAUCCCGGAGUUGUUGAUUCGGAAAGAUAUCUACACGGCUCCCGUGAGAGAUCAGAUGAAAGGGCUUUUGGAGGAGGCCGCCCGAGAAACUGCGCAGGGGUCAGCUUGGGCCUUCACGCGAUGGAGCUUGGUGGGCAGGAAGCCACUGACUGCAUAG